GCGCGGGCCCGGCUGGGCUCCCGCGGGCAGGGCUCCCGCGGGCAGGGAGCUGGUGUCUGCGCGUCCGCUGCCCCGGGGGGACCGACAUGGCCCACGAGCGUCCCGCCAGCGCCCUGGAGCCCGAGCUCGUCCAGCGGUUGUUGCUCUCCUGCCGGGAGGCCAAGAAGUCCGCCUACUGCCCCUACAGUCACUUCCGCGUGGGGGCCGCGAUCCUCACUCGGGACGGGAGGAUCUUCUCCGGGUGCAACGUAGAAAACAUCUGCUACCCUCUGGGCGUCUGUGCGGAGCGGACCGCGAUCCAGAAGGCCAUCUCAGAAGGACACAGAGAGUUCAGGGCAAUUGCUAUCUCCAGUGACAUGCAAGAUGACUUUAUCUCACCCUGCGGAGCCUGCAGGCAAGUCAUGAGAGAGUUUGGCACCAACUGGUCCGUCUACAUGACCAAGCCGGAUGGCACCUAUGUUGUCAGGACAGUCCUGGAGCUGCUUCCUGUCCCCUUCGGGUCCAUAGGCUGGCGUAAGAUCCAGUGAAGGUCGGAAAAGGCCCACUGCAUGGAAGAGCCUGGUUUUCCACAGGUGCUUAAGGGGACAGCUGCCCGGAGAACUGCACGAAGAUGUUCUCACAGACCUGGGGACAUCUGCCAAAUGGGCAGGGCUGGGCAGAGAUGGCUUUUCCAAAUUACACUUGAGCACGGCGAUCUUCACUGAAGCGAUAAAAGGUUUCAUUCCGUCCUGGGCCAUCAUCCCUCCUGGCAGCCCACCUUGCCCUUCCUGGGACAGGAGCACCCAUCCCUUCCUUUCCUUCCUGCAGGCCCUCUGUAAAAUUCCAGCCAAGUCUGGACCACUUCCCCAUCAGCCUUCCCAAGGUUCUAUCCUGUUCUGAGCAACUUUUCUAAUUAUAGACAUCACAGAACAUCCGGA